GGCGGGGCGGGGGCCGCCGGCCUGGGGACGCGGCGCGGAGCAUGGAGCCGCGCGCCGGCUGCCGGCUGCCCGUGCGGGUGGAGCAGGUCGUCAACGGCGCGCUGGUGGUCACCGUGAGCUGCGGCGAGCGCAGCUUCGCCGGGAUCCUGCUGGACUGCACGAAAAAGUCCGGCCUCUUUGCCCUGCCCCCGUCCGCUCCGCUGCCCCAGGGUGACGACCCCGCCGCGGCCAGGAGCUGCUAUGGCCGGGGCCCCGAGGACGGGGACGGAGAGGUGAUGCAGCUGGGGCCCGGCUCCCCGCCUCCCCCCCGCCGGGACCAGCACCAGGACAGCGCCGGCCCCGAGCCGCCCCCGCCCCUCGUGCCGCCGCUGCCCGCCGGCAGCCUGGGCCCGUACCCGCCGUACUUUGAAGGCGCCCCCUUCCCUCACCCGCUCUGGCUGCGGAACACGUACAAGCAGUGGGUGCCCCAGCCGCCACCCAGGACCAUCAAGAGGACCCGGCGGCGUCUGUCCCGCAACCCGGGGCGGCUCAUCCUGAGCACCAUCCGCCUGCGGCCGCGCCGGGUGCUCUGCGAGAAGUGCAAGCGCACCCUGAGCCCCCCGGAGGCCACGGCGGCCACUCCCGGCCCCCCGGCCGCCCCCAGGGCCCGCAGGCGGCUGGGCAGCGGCCCGGACAGGGAGCACCGUGAGCCCCAGGAGCCCGAGGAGGAAGGUGACCCCGUGGCCGCUGCCGCCACGAGGAGGAGCAAGCGGGAGCGGCGGGCGGAGGACAGGGCGCGGGCGGAGCAGGUGCAGCGCAGCCCGGUCAUCAGGAUCUCCUACAGCACGCCGCAGGGCAAGGGCGAGGUGGUCCAGAUCCCCUCCCGCGUGCACGGCUCCCUGGAGCCCUUCCGCCCCCCGCAGGCCCCUCACGACAGCGGCCCAGAGCCCGAGGCGCUGAGGGACCCCGAGCCCAGGGACAGGCCACCGGGCGGGCCCUCGGCCUCCGUGCCCAAGCUGAAGCUGACGCGUCCGGUGCCUCCCGGCUCAGACCUGCCACCUCCCAAGAUCCGCCUGAAGCCCCACCGCCCGGGGGACAGCGAGCGCCAGCCCCUGUACCGCGCGGAGCUGGUGGAGGAGCUGAACGGCUGCCGGCCCGGCCCUGCCCGCGGCCUGGCGGACUCGUCCUCCGGGAGUUCCGGGGAGGAUGAGGACUUCGAGAGGUGUCCCCAAGGCCAGCAGGGCCGGGGCGGCGUGGCUUUCCUCGUCGGCUGCCCCGAGGGGCGCACGGGCUGCGCCAGCGAGUCGGGGUGCAGCAGCGACAGCCUGGACGAGGCCAAGUCGUCCAGCUCGGAAGUGACGUCGCCAGACACGGGUGACCUCUCGCCCGGCAGCGGGGCGUCCGUGCCGUCCUCGUCCGGAGAGGCUUUGCAGACGGUGCCGCCCCUCACGGUGCGGCUGCACACGCAGAGCGUCUCCCAGUGCGUCACGGAGGACGGGAGGACCUUGGCCGUGGGGGACAUCGUGUGGGGUAAGAUCCGUGGUUUCCCUUGGUGGCCAGCACGUGUCCUUGACAUCAGCCUCGGCCAGAAGGAGGACGGAGAGCCCUCUUGGCAGGAAGCGCAAGUCUCGUGGUUUGGUUCUCCAACUACAUCGUUCUUGUCCAUCUCCAAACUCUCCCCUUUCUCUGAAUUUUUCAAACUGCGGUUUAACCGUAAGAAGAAAGGGAUGUAUCGGAAAGCUAUAACCGAGGCCGCCAACGCCGCACGACACGUGGCCCCAGAGAUCAGGGAGCUCUUAACCCAGUUUGAGACGUAACCUUGGUUCUCCGAGCAGGUCGCUGACGAUGAGGGCAUAGCUGUUGUCCGGGAGCCUCUGACCUCCGUCUGAGGGACCCCCGUGCCCUGUGGCCGGCUGCGUGCAGAACACGCCAGACGCGGUGGGCAGCCGGCGCGAGGCCACCAGAGGAGCAGGUGUCCAGGGAGGGCCCGAGCACGGCUGCUCCUCUCGAGGAAUGUGUUUAUUCCCGUGACUCAGACCUCAGCUUUCCGGGUUUGGGAAGUGGCUGGAACUCAGUGCCGAGCCUGCUGCUGCUGCUUCGAGGCUGGGCGCACGGUGGCCCUAGGCUGGGUGGCCCUGGGGAGGGACAGGGCCACCACCCAGCCUCGGCGGGCUGCUGGCGGCGGCUGUGCCCGGGCUGGAGCCACCUGCAGGCUUUAGGAAAACCAAAUUGCACAUGUGGGGUCCUCCCAAGCCCCGGGGCGAGGGGUCUCUGUACACUUGAGCGUGGGGCGGCCCACCCACAUCUCCCCCCAGGCUCCCAGCACGGCCCACAGGGCCACCUUGUCCCCAAGAUGCUGCUACAAGUGACCGGUUGUGUGUGGAGGAUGAGGGGCUUGUCACUCUGAAAUCAGGCUUGAACAUUAAAAGGAAAACAAACUUGC